CCGCGUGUAUCCAUGUUAGUUUCUCGCUUCUGUAGUUUCUUGUCAUGUUUGGUUAUCAAUUUUUAAGCCGGUUUUUGAAAUAAUCAAGUUAAUUGUAAAAUUUCUUUGAGGUGGUUAUCAACGUAUAAAAAUAUAUAAUUCGCUCGUAACAACGCAGUGAAAAUGUGGGGACAAUGCCCGCAGGCUGGCUAUUCGAAUUAUUCCCAGCCUUUUGCACCUAACAACAGAAAUCAAAACAAUCACCCCCAGCACCCACGUGCGCAACAAACAUAUUACCAUAGACAACAGGAUCAAAAGAUCUACCAGUACCCACGUGCGCAACAAACAUAUUACCAUAAAGAGGAUCAAAAGAUAUACAACUGUCCGGGGUGUCUUCAACAUUUUGAAUGCCUUUUUCAAAACAACCAAUUUCUUGGAAGAGUCCCUUUAAUCCUAAAAUGUCAACACACUUUGUGCCAAGACUGCAUUUACAAGCAGUGUCACACCACCCAAAUUGUGUGUCACACCUGCAAAAAAGAGUCCAGUGUUGGACGAAGGCAUCUCAAUAACUUGCAGGAAGUGUUCCCUCCAAAUUUUUAUCUUAUUGGAUUUAUGAUGUGGUUUAGAACCCAAAAUAACCAGGCUAGAUCCAUGAAUUUGGUCCCAACACAGGUGACACUGAAAAGUAAACAAACAAACACUGCAACACUGCAAAAUGAUGUCAAUCAAAGCACAGAUCGUUGCUGCUUCCUAACAUGCAGCAAAAAUGCGGAAUUUUAUUGCAAUGAUUGUAACGACAAUUACUGUGGUGGUUGCAAUGUGACCAUUCAUAAGAGUGCCAAAUCGAUGUGGGUUCACAAAACCACUCUCAUUACUGAUCAAAAAAUUCAGCUAGAGCUGGAAAAAUGUACAGUGCAUGGCAACAUAAAAGAAUUCUAUUGCAACGUCUGUGAACACGAUAUAUGUGUUUAUUGUUUCGUUGAAAACCACGAGGGGCAUGAGAAAACAAACCUGGCUUUUUUGGGCACUGAAGAAAAUUUUAAAUUGGAUGGGAUGCGCAAAAAGGCUAAGAAGGUGUUUGCCCAGCUAAGAAAAACACAACAGAAACUUACGGAUUUGAAAAAGGGAAACACCGAAGUAGCCGAGAAGCAGAUUCGCUCGUAUUUUGCCAAUUUGCACGGCGAAUUGUAUUGCGUGGAAAAAAAGCUGAUAGACGAGGCUGUAGCAGCAAAAAACGAUGUCGGAGGUUUGGAAGACUUCUCCAGAAAAAUCAGGAUGUCAAUGCAGAAAUUGGAACGCGUUUUGAGCAUUAUGGACGCGAAACAUUUGAAUCAACAUGUUCUAAUGGACGCUCUCAAGGACGUGGACACAAUUCCGAGGUUUUUGCUGUCAGAAAGUGGAGAUUUUGACACGAUAAAAUUCAUUGUUGAGCCAAAGUUAGAACCAAUCGAAAGCUUUUUCAAAUUGAAAAAGUUUGAAGCGUCAUAUUCGUUGGUUAGCGAAGACCAGUUACCUGAAGACUAUGAAAUUGACGGUUCCGAUGAGGAAAUUGACAUGUCAGAAAUUAGCGAAAACACGAGCAUUUCCAAAAUGUCAACAAAAAGUCAACAAAUGUCUACAUCGGCAUCGACCAGCGCUGGUUUAGCGAAAAAAGCUCAGCCACACCAUACGAAAAACAAGGCUCGUCAGCCCAAAUGGAAAAAAAACACCAGCAACAAGAACCUCCUGGUGCACCCCAGCAGCAAAAACUCUGUCGAAAAGGUGACGGUGACCCACGUAAACUCUCUGGAAUCCUUCUUCGUUCAGCACCACAAGUUCGAAAAGCAAUACAAUCAAAUGGAAAAUGACAUCAAGGAGCACAUAGCCAAAGAUCCACCUUACGUCGUCUCGCCCGAAUUAAACGAAGUCUAUUUGGGAUUAGUCGGUAAACUUUAUGCAAGAGGGAGAGUGGUAAAGGAAUUUAGAGAUCCUAAAACUAACGACAAAAAAUACGAUUUUUAUUUAAUGGAUCGAGGCACCACGGAAACCAUAGAUGCCAAGAGUUUAAGAGAAAUAACUCCAUCUCUUGCACAAAGGAAACCAUUUGCUUUUGAGUGUCAGCUACACAACCCGACUUUUAUUAAUUGGAGUAAAGAUGCCCACGUUCACUUUGCAAAGCUAAUAAAUAAGAAAGAAGUUCAUAUGCUAACUAAAAAUUACUCAUUUGCUGUUCAUGAAGUGGAAGUGAUGAUUUCUUCUUCGACAGGACAACUCACAUCUGUUACAGAUUUACUGAUUAACACUUGCAACAAUGUCCUUAGUAGUAGUGAAGAGGCUGGUGCUGUUUCUCCAUCACCAGACUCUGGGGUUACUUACUCGCAAGAAAUUAAAUUAUACCCAAACAGCGUGAAAUUUCACGUAAAUAAGACAAUGGAUAUACUAAUCGCUUACGUCAAUACACCCCACGAUAUAUACGUCCAAGAGUACUCGAACGCUGAUGUCCUCGCCAAACUUACGACGGAGAUGGAUCGGCAUUACAAAAAGGCGUUGGCUGGCUGCGUUCCGAUUGCCAACACGUAUGUGGUGGUAAGACACAAAGGUCCAAAAACGGACGGACUCUACCAUAGGGCCUUCGUUAGAAACGUGAACGCCAUGGAAGACAGAGUCGAUGUGUUUUUGGUCGAUUGGGGUAUUAAAACUUGCGUGCCGACCGAGGACGUGAAGCUGCUCACAGAGAGUUUCACUCGAUUGGAAUGUCAGGCAAUAAAAGUUAAAUUGGCACACAUAGAACCAUACAACAUGGAGAACGACUGGUCUCAAAGUGCCAUAAUAUUUUUGGAGAAAUUCGCAAUUCAGAAGAAUCAACUAAAAAUGACUGUUAAUGCUGUCAACCCACUUGAAGUUGUCCUAUUCGAGGAAAAUGGUGCUGUUGAUUAUUGCUUGAAUGCGCAACUGGUGGCAGAACGAUUGGCGGAAUCAACAGGAAAAUUAUCUGCCGUGGUGGAAUGGCCACAAAUAAAGGCAAACGUUUCCUCUAAGACUGAAGACGUAAGCCUAAUAGGUAAUAUGUUGAAUAACGUAACCCUAAAUUCUGAGGACGACGACGAUAGCGAAGCAAUGCAGGGGUUGCCCAAAUUGAUUGAAAUUUCAAAGUUUGUUUCGCCUGAUCUUAUUUUUAUUAGACUGUUGGACAGUAGAGAGACACACCAGCAACUUUACAAGGAGAUACAAAUUCACUACAGCGACCCGAAAGUAAGAAUCAAAAUGAAUUCCUGCAAGGUAAAUGAUAAGUGUGUAAUCUACCACACCAAGCAAAAAGCAUAUUGUCGUGGAAAAAUAGAAGACAUUUUGGAUAACGGCACAUGCAAAAUAUAUCUGCAGGAUUCUGGGGAAUCGGAGAUUGUCGUUAAAGACAAUAUUUUCCAAAAUCAUGAGUAUUUUAAUAAGUACCUGCCUGCGGCCAUAAAGGCUUGUUUGGCGGACAUCAAGCCAGCCGGAGACACUGGAAAAUGGUCAACAUCCGCCAUCGACGCGUUGAAACAAACCCUUAAGGACAACAGGGAGUUGUACGUGACCAAAGCGGGCAAACUCAACGACGAUUUUUAUUUCCCGGUGGUGAUGUGGUACAAACACGUGAUCGCAGGGCAAGGGGCCUUGGAUCCGUCCUACAUAAAGUACGUUUCCAUAAACAACGUCCUCGUGAAGCUGGGGUUUGCCUACAGGUGCAACCCGAAGAACAAAACCGAGUCGAAUCGCCCUGAUCUGGAAGACGAACCGGUGAAACUCGAACAAGAAGAAGAAAAACCGAUCGUGAAGAACAACCAACCUGACGGUUCUCCGUACCGCAGAAUUGAACUGCCCAGCGCUGAUUGGCAUCCCGCUUUUAAACUGAAAAAGAGGAAAUUCAGAGCGUUGAUAACGUGUGCGGACGAUUUGGGCGGGUAUUUGUAUCUCCACGACGAGGCGUACCAGGUGGGAUACGAAAAUCUCGAGGAGGAUAUCAAGGCAUACUUCGAUUUCAACCAGAUCACUAGGAAGAGAGAAUCGUGGUUGCCCGGGCAAAUUUGCACGAUUUCCUACGACCAGAAGUGGUACCGCGGGAAAGUUACUCAGGUCAGAAGCCAAGAAAAAAUUGAGGUGAUCAUGAUCGACUUUGGCAGCACGCAUUUGGUUCAUCCCAACGAUUUGUACAUUGAGAUUUUGUAUCCCGACAUCCCUGCGUUCGCAACCAAAGUGACCCUGCACAACGUGCAUCCCAAAUGCGGGAAAUGGUUGACUUCCGAUCACGAUUUGCUGAUGAAGAUAGUGGAAGAACACGCGGAUGUGGUCGUGCAUGGGCCGCUGGAAGCGGAUGUUCCGGAAGUGACGGUGUUCCUCGACAGCGGCAUCUGCCUUAACAAGGAGUUGGUGAAACGAUCGCAAAACCUGGUCGAGGCUCACUCGUUGAAAACCGAAACCACAGAUGACGACGACGAACCCAUAGUAAUGGAAGACGAGGAAAUCGUGGAUCUAACCCAAUUGGAGCUACGCCCGACGGAGAGUUAUACAUUGGCGGAGUUGCCGAAAUCCGCGCUCGAUAAGGGAUCGAGAAUGUCGAUUUUGAACGUCCUCAAUUACAACACGGUGAUUUUGAACUACGCCAACCAGUCCGGGGACUAUUUUGCACUCUUCGAAACGAUGACCGAAGAGAUGCAGGAACAAUCUUCCUCCCAACCGCCGCUGGAAAACAUCGAUUUGGAUCGGUGCUGCGUUUGUCCGUAUUCCGAGGACGACAAAUGGUACAGGGCCAAAGUUUACAACCUGGAAGGCAUGGAAUACGGAGUCGUGUUUGUUUUGUUCGUCGACUACGGCAACAUCGAAAGCGUGUCGUGCUCAGACCUAAGAGCUAUGAAACCGGAAUGGUUUCAACUGCCGCUGCUCAACCACAUCGCAAAGGUGGACAUUGAACUUUGCGUCACGCAGCAGGCCGAUCACGUGACUACGCAAAUUAAAAAGUUGACCAACAAAACGAAGACGAUUGAAAUUGUCAAUGAGGAACCGCUUACGGUUCGCAUUCUGGAAGACGAUGGUUCAUUUAGUUACCAGAAUCUAAUUGAUAAGGGUUUAAUUAAGGCUAAUUAAAUCUACACCUUUUAAUGAUUUUUUUACGUUUCGUUACUUUUUAAGUUGUAUGUGAAUUUCACAUUGUGAAAUAAAUGUUUUAUUUCUUUACACUUUUGUUUAUUUUAUCA